AAGUAAUCGAUAAUCAUAAGCUUGUGCAUUCGGAAAGGAAGACUGAAACAAAAAAAAUAUUUUGUUAAUACAGUAGGCCAGGAAUUUUGAAAACAAAACAAAUGGCAUCAACAACAACAAAUGACAAUCCUAGCGAGUCGUCUGCCACCACCCCAAUACAAAAUCUGCCAAUUGAGCUACAAAACGAGAAAAGACGAAGCUCGUCGCGUUCCAUUAAACGUAAACGAUUCGACGACGAAAUUGUCGAAUAUAGCAUUGGUUUGCAAUCACGAGGCGAACAAUCGCGUAGCACAAGGCCAAGGACCACUUCACAAACCUAUGUACAGCCAGUGCCACCGACACCUCCAUUACCAAUAUUACAACCAACAACAGUUGCAUCACCAGCAGUAACCAACCCCACUCCAUCUUCUACAAACACUUUGGAUAAAACGACAACCACUUCUGUUGCUACAAUUCUACCAUCGUCAACUUCUUUGCCGGGAGUCAGUGCUACAAGUGUUAGUGCUCCAUCAACCUCUCAUAAUUUAUCGAACGUGGAAAGCAAACAGUCAAGUGGCUCCAUGGCUACUGAAAGGCGUCGACCUGCAAAAUCGCAGCAAAAGAAAACUAGAAAAUCUGCACGUCCUCCCACACAAAUUACUACCAAAGAUUUGGGACGUUGGAAACCAAUAGACGAUCUCUCUUUAAUUACUGGGAUACUGCAGACUAACGACUUACGUAUGGUGCACAGAGGCACUAAAUUUUCAUGUAAAUUUACAUUGUCCGAAUUACAAGCCAGAUGGUUUUCACUGCUUUAUGAGCCAGCACUUUCUAGAAUAGCUGUGGCUGCCAUGCGUAAUUUGCAUCCUGAAUUGGUAGAGUCGGUACAACGAAAAGCCCUAUUUAGUGUUGCUGAAGAGGAACUACUAAGCACAAUUAAAUCGAGCGAUAAUCCCAAGCUAGAACAGUUUCAAGAGCUUUUGGAUAAAAAUGCCUCAGUUUUUUAUAGUGCUCGCACACCAAAAUCUUUACAAAAUCAUUGGCAAAUGAUGAAGCAAUAUCAGCUUCUUUCCGAUCAGGUAGUGAAUAUUAGUGAUCAACCCUUAAGUUUCUCAGAUGCUGAAGAUUUGAUUUUGGACGCUGAACUUAAUGAACAAAGAGAUGAGUCAUUGGAAAUCGAGCUGGCAUUGGCCGACAGACAAAACAAACGUGAAAUACGUUUACUGGAAAAUGAACUUAGCAGAUGGAAUGUCUUGGUUGACUCAAUGACAGGUGUAGGCAUAGCUCCAGAAUUUGACGGUCAAACGUUGGCCGUUUUAAGAGGUCGUUUAGUUCGUUACCUUAUGCGUUCAAAGGAGAUCUCAUUUGGACGCGAUGCUAAGGACUGCAUAGUGGAUGUGGAUUUAUCUUUGGAAGGUCCCGCUACAAAAAUUUCGCGUAAACAGGGAACAAUAAAGCUGCGCAGUAACGGUGAUUUUUUUAUUGCUAAUGAAGGCAAACGACCCAUUUUCAUAGACGGUGUACCAUUGAUAACGGGCAACAAAACUCGUUUGGCAAACAAUUGCGUUGUAGAGAUGUCGGGCUUGAGAUUUGUUUUCCUGGUCAACUAUGAACUUAUCAAUGCUAUACGCCAUGAAAGUGCAAAGACAACUUCACCAUUAAAUUAAGAUGUUUUAUAAAGGACUCCUUAUGUUUGGUAUCAUAUAAAUAAACAUGGCGGAAGAAUAGAUUGCCUUUUACUUACCUAAA